UUCGCGGAGCGUGAGGCUCAGCUCGGCGAGGUCCCGGGCGGGAAGCGUGUGCUCCCUGGUGGCUCGCAGCCCUGGGCGCUCCAGCAGCUGAGACGGUCUGGUCUGGGUGGUCGGAUUGAGUGCCCUUCUGAGAGGUGACUUGGUCCUCGCAGCCGCCAGGGUAGGCUUGAGCUAUAAUAGAAGUAGCCCAAAGGAACCUUUUGAAGUUACUGAUAUAGGGGACGCCUCCAGGAGACGCAACAAUGCCUGGAGAAGGAACAAAAACUGAUAUGGAGAGGAUUGGCCUCUUCAGUGAGAUGGAAUAUAUAACUGUUGGUGAUAAAUAUGUGUCACAUUUUGAUCGGCCCUUUAAUGAAGCUGCCAGCAAAAAGAAACAGAUGCUCCCUGGGGGAUCCAAAGAAAUGUCAGAUCUCCAGGCGGGUUACUUUGAGCCCCGUUUUGUAAGGAUUUUUGAAGGUGAAGGUUAUGCGAAUCUGAAUCAAAUGAGGAGAAAGCAUAUGAUGCAGGAAGCAAAAAAAAAUCUAGGCAAAGCUUUCCUCCCUCCUAACGGAGAUAAAAAAUCAUGUGGAGUAGGAAGCUACUAUGGAACAAUAGGUGGUCCAGUCCCAUUCUUCAGCGCACAGUCCAAACCCAGAGAAAAGUAUGAGGCACCUGGGAAGAAUUUAUACACAAGCCCAGGAAAGAAGGGAACCGGAUAUGGCUAUGCAAAUGUUACGAUAGGUAAACAGUUCACACACUCCGCUGAUGUCUAUGAUGCACCAAAACUAAAUUAUAAGAAAGAGAGCGAAGAGCACCAUCGUUUACUCAAAGGGGGACCUUUCAAGUUAAACCUUUACCCAAGAGAAUAUUUUGAUACCAAUCCUUAUUUUUCUGAGAAAUCUUUACCUCCAAUUAAGAAGGCAGAGAAGAAAGAAGUACUCCCAAGCCCCUUUAAGCCCUCUUCUCCUGGUAAAAAGGCUGGCGGAAUGAAGGCAGGAACAUUCGACCCUUACCCGUCACAUUCUGCUGACCCGUAUUCAGCUAAAUCAGAAAAACCCAGCAAAGCUGCUAAGGUUUUCCACCCGCCAGGUGGACCAAAAAGCAGACCAAUCGAAAGUGUAAUGACUUUGAAUGUCAAAAGGGCAUUGAAUAUGAAGAACUACAAGACUGCUUCAAUACCAUCCUUUUAGGCUCUGGAAGACAAGUAGCUUUCAUUACCAAGUGCAAAUUAUUUGAAAAAAUAUAAGAUGUUGUAGGAUAGAUAACCCAAACAUUUAAAAGAUAUUUAAUCCUACCACUCUAAUACUCUUGUCUUAGUACUAUUAAUGAAUAAAUAGUAUUUGC